UAGAUAUAAAGGGGGAGGGGGCGGGUAGGUUAUAUAUGAAUGUCGAUGAGUUCAAUGUCAGUAUGAGCGAAGGGUGAACAAAUAAAGUUCUUGAAGAACAGCUGGAGAUACUGUGCAUACUGCUUCGGAUCCUAGCAAGAUGAAGAAUCUUCUCUGCGUAACGUUGAUCCUCAUGUCAUAUUUCGGUCUUGGAUAUUCGAAAUACUGCUAUGCUUGCACCGACUGCGUGAACGUCGACACGACAGUUGCUACUGUGUCUUGCCCCGCCUCCUGCCUACCAACGAACCGCAAGGCUGCAUGAACAGGACUAAUUCCGCCAACUGCUACUGCAACUACGACCGGUGCGAUGCUCUCCUGGGACGCAACCCUUGCAACAAUGCAACGAGCAGUGCCAUUUCUCUCUCCCUUGUGGCUUUGACAAUGUUCGUGGCCAAGGUCUUUCAUAACCCGUUGUGAUUUUGUUCUUUCUGUCUGAGUGGUUUUGCAGAUGUAUCUAUUUUCUUCGUAUUUUUGUUCCUUUUUAAUCAUGAGAGAGAGAGAAAAAAAUACUAAUGAAUGUUAACGCUGCGCAGCUAUCACUUUGAUUAUUUAUAAGCACGAUAAAUCAUCAUUCAAAUUUUAACAUACUUAGACCAUUAUAUUCUUUGUAAACGAGGAUCAGACGACAAUCGGGCUUUAUAUCUUAUCUUGUGACCACAGUUCAGUCAAAGUAGAUUAUGAAGUUCUGAUUUUCACAUUAUUUUAGUUUUGAAGCUCUUGAGUCUUUAUCGUGUAUUAGUUUACCCUUCCGUUUUUCAGAUGUGGCAAUUUCCCAUUUUCUAUAAGUUAAGGUAUAACUGUACUAAUCGUAUAUUUCGAAUCCUCUAAUAUAAACCAAGCCUUAAAAUUUAUUUUUGCUCUCAAUAGCUUAACACAAGUAGCAUUUGCUAUCAUUAAGAAAAGGAAAACUGUGGCAGAAUUUUACGAAAUUUCCGGUAAAUCGUGAGAAGAUAGAAUACAUGCUGUUAGUAAACUUUUUUUUUUUU